ACACUCUCUCUUUUCCUUCUGUUUGCUCUUGUUCUUGUUUUAUCAAUCUGAUCAACUCUGCUAAUCAUUUUCCACCACAUACAUAGCCAUGGCCGCGGUUCUCUUAACAACUCUGCUAAUUAUGUUUGUUAGCUUGUUAAUAAGAGUUGCUUAUGAUACUCUCUCAUGCUACUUUUUAACCCCAAGACGCAUCAAGAAAAUCAUGGAAAAGCAAGGGGUGCGUGGCCCUAAACCCCGCCCUCUCAACGGAAACAUCUUGGACAUGGCCUCCCUUGUCGCCAAAUCAACUUCUCAUGACAUGCAAACUAUCAGCCAUGACAUCGUCGGCCGCCUCUUGCCCCAUUACGUCCUCUGGUCGAAGCAAUAUGGAAAAAGGUUCAUAUAUUGGACUGGAAUUGAGCCCCGGAUGUGCCUGGCCGAGACUGAGUUGAUCAAGGAGCUUCUGUCCAAGUACAGCACCAUCUCUGGUAAAUCCUGGCUUCAGCAGCAAGGCUCCAAGCAUUUCAUCGGCCGCGGCCUACUAAUGGCCAACGGCGAAGACUGGUAUCACCAACGCCACAUCGUUGCACCGGCAUUCAUGGGAGAUAGACUCAAGAGCUAUGCGGGGUACAUGGUGGAAUGCACUAAAAAGAUGCUCCAAUCGCUACAAAAUGAGGUAGAGACUUCAGGAGGGAGGGAGUUUGAGAUAGGAGAGUACAUGACAAGGCUCACGGCAGACAUAAUUUCAAGAACAGAGUUCGAUAGCAGCUACGAGAAGGGAAAGCAGAUUUUUCGACUGCUCACUGUUCUGCAGCAUCUAUGCUCUCAAGCAAGCAAGCAUUUGUGCCUUCCCGGAAGCCGGUUUUUCCCAAGUAAAUACAACAGAGAAAUAAAAUCCCUGAAAAUGGAGGUGGAGAGGCUGCUAAUGGAGAUAAUACAGAGUCGAAAGGACUGCGUGGAGAUCGGCCGGAGCAGCUCUUAUGGGAAUGAUUUGCUGGGGAUGUUGCUUAAUGAGAUGCAGAAGAAGAGAGGGAAUGGUUUUAGCUUAAAUUUGCAGCUGAUCAUGGAUGAAUGCAAGACAUUCUUCUUUGCAGGACAUGAAACCACUGCCCUGCUUCUCACUUGGACUGUCAUGUUACUAGCCAGCAACCCCUCUUGGCAAGAAAAGGUUAGGGCUGAGGUCAAGCAAGUCUGCAAUGGUGGAACUCCCUCUGUUGAUCAUCUCCCCAAGCUCACUUUGUUAAAUAUGGUAAUAAAUGAAUCACUGAGGCUGUAUCCACCAGCAACUGUUCUGCCUCGAAUGGCCUUUGAAGACAUCAAACUUGGUGACCUCCAUAUUCCAAAGGGCCUAUCAAUAUGGAUACCUGUUCUGGCCAUUCACCACAGCGAAGAAUUAUGGGGGAAAGAUGCAAAUGAAUUUAACCCUGAAAGGUUUGCUUCCAAGUCAUUCACCCCCGGGAGGUUCAUCCCAUUUGCUACCGGUCCUCGAAAUUGUAUUGGCCAAUCUUUCGCCAUGAUGGAAGCUAAGAUCAUAUUAGCCAUGUUAAUCUCCCGGUUUAGCUUCACGAUUUCGCCUAAUUAUCGCCAUGCUCCUGUUAUUGUCCUCACCAUCAAACCUAAGUAUGGGGUUCAAGUAUGCAUGACCCCUAUAGACCCUUCGACUUAGCAUACUGAUUUUGGAAUUAGAGUGCAUGGAUGAGUUUGUUAUGUGAGGAGCUAGGAGAGCUUGAGAUGGAAUUUUGGUCAUCAUUCUUCUUGUAAUUUUGUUCUUUCUUGAGUUAUACAUAGUAAAGAGAUGGGGAUUGGAAUGA